AUGCGACGAAUCGCGUACAUUGUUAUUGUGAACGCUGUCACGCCCAUCCUGCUAUAUUAUGCCUUGAAACCUCACUUGCCACCCGUAUGGGCAUUGGUACUUUCAAGCACCCCCACAAUCAUAUCUGUCCUCAUCCAAGCAACGUUUCUCAGAUACAUUGAUACCAUCGGUGUUGCGUCCAUAUGUGGCUUUCUCGUGUCCAUCGUAUUGGCCGUUGCCAAUGGCGAUCCUAAACUCAUGCUCAUGCGUGAAUCGCUAAUAACAGCAGCUGCAGGAGCAACGUGCGCAUUGUCACUAUUGCCAGUCCGUAUCCGAUCCUUCGAGUUGAAACCGAUCAUGUACUACCUCGCCAAAGACUUGGCAGCACUCAAACCAGUUUAUGUGAACGAGAGUAAACGACCUCAAGCACGCAUCCUAUUCUAUUGGCGGAAUUCGCGUUAUUGUCGACUGCACAUACGUCUUCUCACAGCGAUCGACAUUGUCUUCCUGGAGCUAGAGUUCGGGUUGAAGCUGUUUUACAUUUUCUCAUUCGAUAUCGACACAGUGGUCAUUGCAAGCAGUAUCACUUGGGGAACGAUUGGUGCAUUGAUAUCUGUGUUCACCAUAUGCUACUCGGUUAGGAUCUUGAAGCAAUUAAAACAAGAUGAAGCAGCCAUGUUUGCCUCUGCUGCUGCUGUACCUGCUACCACUGCUAUUACCGCUACCACCUUACCACUUCAAUGUGAUCUUCAAAAAAAGACAAGCUAUACUUAA